AUGUUCUCUCGUGCCGUCCGUCCGGCCGUCCGGGCCGGUAGCUCUGCUGUCGCACGUGCUACCCCGGCCAAUGCCGCCAACUUCGCGACUCUGCGUGAGAUCGAGGGUCGCCUCAAGUCCAUCAAGAACAUUGAGAAGAUCACCAACACCAUGAAGAUCGUUGCCUCGACCCGUCUCACCCGCGCCCAGAAGGCUAUGGAUGAAUCCCGCAACUACGGAAAGACCUCCAACACUGUUUUCGAGCAAGCCGAGACCAAGCCUGUGGAGGACAAGAAGACUCUGUACGUCGUGGCCAGUUCCGACAAGGGUCUCUGCGGUGGUAUUCACUCCGGUCUCUCCAAGGCUACCCGUCGCCUGCUCGCUCAGAACCCUGAAGCCGAUGUUGUCAUCCUCGGUGAGAAGGCUAAGGCCCAGCUGUCCCGUGCCUCUCCUCAGAACAUCGUCAUGAGCUUCGCCAAUGUGUGCAAGGACAUUCCCACCUUUGCCGAUGCCCAGGCUAUUGCCGACCAGAUCUCUUUGCUCCCUACCGACUACGCGAGCGUCAAGAUCAUCUACAACAAGUUUAUCAAUGCUCAGAGCUACGAGCCCACCACUGUUGAGGCAUUCUCCGAGGAGGCCAUCACUCAGUCCGCCAACAUCUCCGCUUACGAGAUUGAUGAUGAGGCCCUUGCUCUUCUGCGCGAGUAUGCUCUUGCCAACAACCUCUUCUGGGCUAUGGCCGAAGGUCACGCUUGCGAAAUUUCUGCCCGUCGCAACGCCAUGGAGAACGCUUCCAAGAACGCUGGUGAGAUGAUCAACAAGUUCCAGAUCCUCUACAACCGUCAGCGUCAAGCCGCCAUUACCGGUGAGCUGGUUGAGAUUAUUACCGGUGCCACCGCCUCUGCCGACAUGUAA